AUGAAGAGCAUACCCCUCAUCAUUAACUGGCACGACCAGAAUGCCCCAGUCUACUCAGCACACUUCGAGCCCAAUGGCAAGGGAAGGCUAGCCACUGCUGGCGGAGACAAUAAUGUCAGGCUCUGGAAAAUUGAAGCUGAGGGCGAUCUUCUGGCCUCUGCUGGAGAUGAUGGGAACGUCAUUCUUUGGGUACUCUCUGAAACACACCAAACUGCCUUCGGCUCAGAUGGUCUUGAGGACAAGGAAACGUGGCGGGCCAGGCAUAUGUGCCGGUCGAGUGGUGCCGAGAUUUAUGACCUUGCCUGGUCCCCGGACGGCUCCCAUUUCAUUAUCGGAAGCAUGGAUAACAUUGCACGCAUCUAUAACACGGCGUCAGCUUCGCCGUAUAUUGAUUCUGACUUGGUUCCAGGAUAUCUUGUCCGGCAGAUUGCAGAGCAUAGCCAUUAUGUUCAGGGUGUAGCGUGGGAUCCUCUUAACGAGUUCAUCGCCACUCAAUCCUCUGACCGAUCCGUCCACAUCUACUCGCUCCGUACGAAGGACGGGCAAUAUACCCUGAACAGUUAUGAUGAUGCAAAGCCUCCAAAGUUGGCGAGUCAUGCCAAGGCCGAUCUUCCCCCUCGAAGAAUUUCAUCCAGCAGCCCUGCGCCGCCGGAUUUCGGUGUUCGUGCGCCGCUUCCAGCCGACUCUGUCACGUCGGCGUCUAUCAACUCGCCAGUCCCCUCAGCACCUGGAACGCCCAAUUCACUCCCUCUCCCGAUGAACCCCCCGAGCGUUAUGAGCCACAGCCGGAGGUCAUCUUUUUCCUCGCGGCGCUCACCCUCCCCUGCCCCUUCCAUGCCUCUCCCGGCAGUCAUGCCGAUGGAAGCGUCUCCCAAGCCGCCAUCUUUCCUCAAUACCGGCUUGGGAGUCAAGAAUGCCAGCCUGUAUGCCAACGAGACUUUGACCUCCUUCUUUCGACGGUUGACCUUUACGCCUGAUGGCAGUCUUCUGUUGACUCCCUCAGGGCAAUACCAAACCCAGCACCAGACGGAUAAGGAUUCGAAACCAACGUAUGAGGUCAUUAACACCGUGUACAUCUACACGCGAGGCGGCAUCAACAAGGCUCCCAUUGCCCACUUGCCCGGCCAUAAGAAGCCGUCAGUUGCUCAUAUCACAAUCGACACAUCCUCAGCGGAAGAACCGAUACCCGAACUACCGGAGCCUCUGUCUGGGCCAUCACCGGGGUCGCAGGUUAUGGAGCCUCCACCACCCCCCACUUGUGAUGCGACAUCAGCACAAGUGAAGCCCUCGAGCGCCGACUCUGACGCUGCCACGGCGGUUACCGGCGGCCCCAAAUCCGCUUUUAUUCUACCGUAUAGAAUGAUAUACGCUGUCGCAACCCAAGAUUCGGUCUUCCUCUAUGAUACCCAGCAACAAACGCCUCUUUGUGUUGUUAGCAAUCUUCAUUGUGCCACUUUUACUGACCUCACCUGGUCAAGUGAUGGUCUGACGCUUCUGAUAACGUCUUCCGACGGCUUCUGCUCUACGCUCUCCUUUGCACCUGGAGAACUUGGUGAGAUUUAUACUGGCGAUGUGCCUAGUCUCAAGAAUCCUACUCUUUCGGGCCCAGUAACCUCAGCGCCAGUCCAAAACAUGCCAGUGCUGACACCCACCUCGGCUUUUGCGCCACCAUCACCGUACCAUGGUCAUCAGCACAGGAACUCUACCGGUUCCUUCACUGCCCCAUCGCCACCUACUCCUGCCUUGUCGUUCCCGGCUGGACGUCCCAGCUCUCCAGCGAGGUCGACAUCGGCCUCAUCGGUCACUACCCAGGCUUCCACAGCUGUAUUGAGCAAUCCGCCUCUCAUUGUCGGAAGCGUCCCCGGCAUCGUGGCAACGAAUUCUGGCAAAGUCACGGGAGUCCCGAUCACCACUCCUCCCGAGACCCCCCGCAAUACGAGCACUGUUGCUGGGGUCAAGCGGGAUGCUAGCGAGGCAGAGAGGGAUGAGGUGAAGGAGCCCAAGAAGAGACGGGUUGCUCCAACGCCAGUAACACAGGAUCCUAAACCAGAGGCUAGUUGA